CUUUAAACAUCUCUGUUUUAGCAAACCUUUGCAGCAAAAACUCUUGCAUUUUGUUUCUCAAGAAAUUUCUAGGCUAUUCGAUCAAAGGGCACACAAAAGGAAUAAAAUCGUAUAAAUUCUCUCAUCAUUCGGCAAAACUCGAGAAGGUGAUCGAAACUCUAGAAGCAAUAACCAAAUCAACUUGAUACGUAGAAGAAAAGGGUUAAAGCGAAGAAAAAAAAAUGGCUCAAAAUCCUCAACUAUUUCCCAAUGGCAUGCCCGUCCCUUUCUAUGGCGAAUUGUUUGUGUUGGCCAGAGAUGGCGUUGAGUUUGAAAUCGACAAGAUUCCUGGGAGCGGAAAAGUGAAAACAAAGGGGACUAUCUACUUGUCUAAUGUACGCAUGGUUUUUGUUGCUAGCAAACCUGCAGGGAAUUUCUAUGCAUUUGAUAUGCCUCUGUUGCAUGUUCAUGGGGAGAAAUUCAACCAGCCAAUCUUUCAGUGCAACAAUAUUUCAGGACAUGUCGAACCAGUUGUUCCUGAAAGUGAGAAUAGGGCUUUGUACUCAACCCACUCGUUCAAAAUACUUUUCAAGGAAGGAGGCUGUGGCACGUUUAUUCCAUUGUUCUUCAACUUAAUCAACUCUGUAAGACAGUAUAAUCAACAUGCUGCACCUGCUCCCGAGCCUCGUGUUGAUCCAUUACGUGCAGCUCAAACUCCUGUAGAUGAAAUGAUGAGACACGCGUAUGUUGAUCCGAAUGAUCCAACCAAAAUCUUCCUAGAGCAGCCUACACCAGAAUCAAAUCUCAGGCGGCGUACAUACCAUUCUCAAGGGGACAACGCCAUGUAGAUACUAGAUACGAAUCUGCUUGUAUUUGUAUCUCGAAUGAUGCUUCCCUGGCUGUCUAUACCUGUUGCACUUUCUUUUUUUUUACGGUGUAUGGAGUCUGAACUUUGAUUUCACUCUAUAAGUUAUGCUCUAUAAUAAUGUAUUUGUAUAUACUAUCGUAUUAAACGCAAGGAAUAACUUUUCUAUCU